GCGUCAAUAAGAAGCUGAAUUCAGCCUCGUGCUGCUUCAGCAGUGGUCUUGACAAUCAUUUCUAUCCGAGUAAUGACACAGAUUACCUUUAUUAAAAACAAAUACAGAGUGAAGAUUAAAAACGGGAUAAUUAUUAUUUACAAUUAUAGUUUCUGACCAUCUACAGACAAAACUCAAACCGAUGAGCCCCGCCCCUCUAAAAGUUUACCUUUUGCUGUUUGCCGUUCUAACGCGCAGCUCACUUGUUAGACGCAUGCGCAGUGUGUAACGGAACGAGUCAACGGACGAAGUUGGAAACAAGACUGUUUGUCAAUCCAAAUAUAUUCAAACAAAGAAGCAAUGGAGUCUGCCCCUCCUCUCUCCUCACUUCGCCUGCUGGUUUCUCCUCUACGCCUCACAUCCGCCUUCAUGUGGCAAGUUGUCAAGGAUCAAAAUGUGGAGCAAUUUGGAAAACUGGAAGAAUUUGUUUCUGUGAUGACAAACCUUGUGCCAGAGCUUUUAAGUAGGAGACAGAGGGCCACUUUAAUAGUGGGGCUGCGGGCAAAGAUGAUUCUUGAGAUGUGUCGAGGUGAGCUCCCAGCAGACCUUCAUACUGUCAAAUCACACAUUCACCAAAUUCAGACUGCUGAUUUAUUGAAGGUGAGUGACACAGACAUGGAGAGUUUACAAGAGAGCGUACUUCAACUUGUCCUGAGCUUGCUAGAGGACUCCAUGAAAAGAGAAUACUUCUUUCAGGAAGUAUUUCCAGUCGAGUACGGUCCUGACUUUGACAAAGCACUGCAAGUCCUUGUUGGAUUUUUUCUUUCCAGAUUGGAGCAACUUCUGCCUGUACCAAACUUCAAACAGCUCUCAUUGUUGCUCAGCUGUCACCUUGAGGAGCUAGAUGCAUGUGUGGACUCGGUUUGUAAAUCACACAACUUGCUAUCCUUGCUGCAGAUGGAUGUUUGUGGGACUUUGGAUAAAAAUGGUAAAAUUUAGUCCUUGAAUGUCGAUAUCAUUCCAUAUGCUUCAGGUUCCUUUUAUCGAACGUUGCUUACUUGGUUAAUCAGAUACAGUAUUUUACAGGAUAGCUGGGCACAAACCUAAGACAUAUACUUCGCCCAGCAUGCGGGUUUGAGAAAUGUAUAUACCAGGGCUCCCGACUGCUACUAAAACAUUAACAUUAAACAUUAAACAUUAAAAUAUUAACUUGCGAGUUAAGUUUAAAAAAAAAAAAAAAAAAUUUCCCCUAAGUUUUUGCUGAGGUCACCACUGGUGACUAUAUAUA